AUGUCCGCUUCGCCCGCUCUGCCCGAGCCCAUCAUUGUCGACGCGCCGCUCCCGGCAACUCGCCCCUCUCCUUCGUCUCAUGACUUGACUCAUUCGCACGCGACCAACGCAUCCACAUCGGACUGCCAUCCAGCCCAUGCUGUCAAUUCGCCCACCUCCAUGAUGGAUGCAGUCACUGCAGCGGCUGCCAUGGGCGCUCUUCCCGCUGCCAACGGCCUCCCCUCGGACCCAGCGGAAGCAUCCAGCAUCUCGCGCCUCUUUGCGCAUCCUCCCGCUCCAGACCCAGCGCCCGCUUCGACCCCAGCCUCCACGGCUCUUCUCUUCGGCUCGGCACCUGUUUCGCCCCACCCGACUUCGCCAACUCGCACCCCGGCUGCACCGCACAGCCUUCGAUCCGCCGCAUCGCCUUCAUCCCAUCUCGCCUCGCCCGCUUCCGAGCGCGCAAACCCAAUCAUCGGCGCGGGCGUCACUCCCAGCCAUCUAGCUCACAGCCUGCACCAACAUCAGCAACAGCAGCUGCCCGCCUCGGCCGACGCCUCCACCGCAUACUUGCACAACGCCAGCGGCUUCCGCUCACCCGCUCGAAGCCGCCUCCACGGCACCGCUUCCCCCGCCGGCACAUCGCCGCCCAACCUCACUGCUCCCGCACACCCAGGCGCAUGGCAUCAUCCUGACCAUCAGCCCUCGCACACUCCCCACACUCCUCGCUCGCCCAGCAUUUUCGAGCGCGACAUCGAGCACCGCGAUGCCUCCCACAUCAUGACCGCACAGGAGGCCACCGACGUCGCCAUCCCCAGCGUCCUCGACGAUGCCGUCGAGGCCAUCAUUGAGGACGACGCCGAGAUCGAGGUCGUGGCGCCCCAAAACCCCGCUCCCCCGCUCGCUCUCAGCUCCGCCGCACUCUCGGUCCACUCGGGUGCCAGUUCGCCUUCGCUUGGGUUCGCUUCCUCCCCCUCGCCUCCCCUCUCGGCAUCCGGCCCCAUCGACGCGCCGCCCGGCUCCAUGGCAGCACAAAUCGCCGAAAAGCUCGGCCCCCGCGGCGUCACUACCGAGGAAGCCAUCGCAAGGCGCACGGUUGGCGCGCCUCGACGCCCCGGUUCCGACAUUGAAAGCGGUGCCACCUCUCUGCGCUCGCGAUCGCCUCAGGCCACUCGUAUGGUCGACAUGGCCGACGGUGGCAGCCCCGUACGAUCCCGCGCCUCGCCCUCUCCAGCGCCCGCCAUGCCACCCGUCUCUCUGGUCGCUGCGGUCUCGCAAGCGCAGGCUAUCUCGCCCCUCACCCCAUCCGUCGGCGCAAGCUCUCCCAUGCCUACCGCAACUGCGUUCCCCUCGCUGCCCCUCCCUAAUCCCUACCGCUCCAGCUCGCCCAACCUCUCGGCCAUGGCGCUUCCCUCGCUUGCUGCCGGCGCCGAUGCCGGCCGUCCAGCUACGUCGAGCGUGAGCAUCGACGGCGCCAUCAUCUCGGGCACCGAGGUCGCCACCCUCGAUCACAGCCUCGACACCAUCGCAGACGUUCUGGCCGCUCACGAUGCAGAGCAGGCCGCCAGUCCGUACGUGCCCAGGUCGCCCGCACCGCCUGCCAUCUCGGGCUCCAGCAGUCCCGUCGUCGAUCGCAGUCGCAGUGCCGCAGGCUCGACCAUCCGACAGCCUCUGCACCAUCCAGGCAUGGGCGCGGCUGCAGGUGCCAACCGCGCUGCUGCGCCUGGCACGCUCGGCCUGCCCGCCAGCGGCAGUGGGCUUGGCGUCUUCAACACGGGCGAGUCGCUCUUCCAGGCGCUGGCUUCCGGAUCGCCUUCGCCCUCGGCGGACAAGCGCAGGCUGUCGUUCUUUUCGUACGCCGACAUCCUCAACGAGAACAAGGGCGAGGUGAUGGAUCUUCAGGGUGUCGUACGUCAUGCGGCCGAGCGCGACGAGCAGCAGCAUGGCAUCUUCCAUGCACAGCCGCAUGCGCAAGCUUACGGCCAUGCGGAUGCAAGCGCGGGACCUCAGUACGAUGCGUUUACAUCGCAGCCGUCGAUUAUGCAGCAGCUGGGCGGCGGAACGGGCAUGUCGCGGUCCGCGAGCACCAGUGCGGCUGCCAGUCCGCGCAUCGGCGGCUUUGGAGCUCGGUCGACGAGUGGCAGCUCGGCUACCGCGGGCGGUGCGAUGAGCAGCGGCGCGUAUACACCUGCACGUGGACGUCGCGACUACCUCGAGAACAAGGCCCUCAGCAACCGCCUCGACAGUCUGCAGCUCGCCACCUCCACGGCCGCCGCCACUGCUGCAGAGGCCAAGACGCGCAAGGCUGCGUGA